UAUCAGCCAUUUGCAAUAUGGACAGACCGUGAAUGUUGAAAGGCAAUACAAUGCCACUCUGCUUGGUUCCAGUAAUGUGCGAGUAAAUUGCUCAAAUAUGAUAAGUGCUAUGGAAGUCACAACUAAUGUUAAGAUGGAGGAGAUGGUCACAGGUCUUGAGAUUGUGCCAUCCAGUUUUGUUGUCGAUAGAUUGGAUGCAUUAACGUUUAAUGUUUCAUCAGCUACUGGGUCACAUAUGAUUAUGAACGUUACAUAUGGGGAUGGAAUCUCGGAAAUUGUGAACAUAACCAACACCAAGGGUGGUGCCCAAACAUCCACCAUUGUACACACGUUUCAAACUACUGGAAACUUCACAACAUCAGUAUCUGGUAUCAACACUCUUAGUGACGUUUCAUAUACUCUAGGUAAAGACAUAAAAGUCCAAAACCGUGUGAAUGGAUUGGAAUUCAAAGAUAUACCAUCUUUGCUAGCUAUACCGCCCGGAUAUAUGGAGUUUGAGGUAGUAUCAACGAUUACUGAUUACCCUCCGACUGAUGUCACAUGCUCAUUAAAGAUUGAUGAAAAACAGGGACCUGUUAAAUAUGCAGCAGUGCUCUCAGAGGGAG